AUGAUCCAGUCUCAUUGUGAACAAAGCUCCCCAACGAGGUCUCUGUGUGUGUUUGGAUGGAUUCUUCUCGCUCUUCUCACACGGGAAACAACUGCUCAGUGCGCAGUGGGACCGGCCCCCGGCUCACACCCGGUCCGUGGGCUCCUGGAGCGAUACGAGGCAGGACCAGGCUGUUCGGCCCGAGAGAGUGGCCCCAAAGAGACCCAUGUGAUCGCAGUGGGACGGGCCUCACACAGCACUGAGAACAAGGUGGCCGUGCUGCUGACGCCGCUCGCCUCCGGACCCCUGCGGAUCAUCCAGCUCCUGCUCAGCUCCAAACAACCUGUGAUCUGGUGCUUAGAGGGGGGCGCGCUGCUUCCUUCUGUGACAGUCAUGGUGCAGAUGUCGUCCCACUCCUCGAUGCGGGCCGGCUCUGUGGAGGUGCAGCUUCAGAAGAUGCCCUCGCUGCCCUUUCGCCCUCGCGCUCUGCACCGCUGGGCUUUGAGGCGCCAUGGAAACAUCACCUCCAUGAUACACUCUGCACACAGCAACCACGUUUAUAUCAAACUGGGACAAGACCUGAACCAGUCUUUUUCCUGUCACCUGGUGUCGGCCUUCCUCUCUAACAAGUACAUGAUCUCCGACGUUCAGCCGCAGGAAGUCCAGAGCUGCUCCCUCACGCCUGCCCCGCCUCAUAGUCCUGAAGUGCACAUUAUUAAACUCCAUUCUGCUGGUUCUGGCCUUUGUGGCUCUCUACAGGUGGAGGUGGUGGUCUCACUCAUACCCUCGGUCCAGUCCAGGAGUCACAACAUUGUGCUAAUUAUCAGCAGCUCGGUGCCUGUUAACUGGGCCAUUGUUGCAAAAGGAAUCCAAGGCCGUGUGGAUAUUUAUUCGUCAAACAGUGUGUCCGCUCCCUCUCCCUCUGAGCUGAACCUGAGCGUGUCCAGCAGAGUCCACAUGGAGCUGGCCUCGGUGUCAGACCUGCUGGUCUGGGCCAAGGACAAAGGUUUCCCCUCCGUCACCUCCUACACUGAGGCGGAUCUGGCCAACCGAUUCAGGGUGCACCUCACCAGGCCUGGGACAGAGGGGGCUGCUCAGGGGCGGUGGGCUACCUGGCUGGAGGAGCACUGGCCUAGGCAGCGGCUCAGUGAUUCUGAUGCUGGAGAUGGGAAUAGUUUCACCGUGAGCUGUGAUGACGGCCAGCUGAGAGUGGCAGUGGACCAAAGCAUUCUGCAGAGGUUUUCUGUACCUUAUGCUGCUGUAACGUUUCGAGACCUGACUUGCCAGGCCCAGUCCAACGGGAGCCAUUUCCUGCUGGUAUUCCCAGUCAUUUCCUGUCAGACAGAGGGAGACCUCCUGGGACACUCAGGAGGAGUGCAGUACAAUAACACGUUCUCUUGCUUGGCCCCAUCUCCCAUCCUCACCUCAAAUGGGGACGUUGAGGAUGAGAGCCCUCCUCUAGUUAUGGCUCCUUGGCCUCCGCAGGGGUCAACAUCAGAGGAACAAAUGGAGUGGCCGUCUCCCAGACACAGGCCUGGGCCUGUGCUCGCCAUGAGGCUUUUUAUGUCUGACACGUUUGAGGAAACGAGGAUUGGUCCAUGUGUGAUCACCGCAGAGCACCGCGUGUACGCUGAGGUGGGUGGAUGGAAACCAUUGGUUCUGUGUGGACCACAGAUUUCAGUCAAAGGAGCCUCUGCCGAUUUGAUUGAAGUCAAGUCAUGCAUCAUCUCACCACUGUCAGAUCCAAAGAAGUCCCCGUUCUGGAGCGUUAUCUGGGAUAGCUGCUCCUCUGAUGACUCGCUGAAACUUCACCCCAUCAUUAAACUUGACAAUAACAGCACAGAGGUUGAACAUAAGAAAAAGGAGAUUGUGAAAAGUCAAGGAGAUGUUGAAGGGACAGAGAAGAGUGGUCCUACAGUGGAUGAGCAGAGGCUGAGGUUCAGUUUCAUCAUGAGAGCGCAGUACAAUGAGUCCAUGCAGUUCCUCCACUGCAGCCUGCUCCUGUGCAGCUCCCACGUCACCAGAGGAGCCUCCAGAGCAGAGCCGCUGGGCUGUGCGGCUGGGACGCCGAUUCCUCCUUUGGGUUCUACAGCAACCACACACCAGUGUGAGAUUCGAAACUUAUCCAGACCCAUGGUGGUGACUCGGCCAAUCAGCUCCCUGGUCUCCAAACAGGUGGCGCCCCCUGCUGGACAGAGAUUUAAGAGACUGUGUGUGUCUCCAUCGACCACUCCUGGGGCUGAGGACAUCAGCUCCAUGAUGCAGGUGGGACCCCUGCUGGCGAUCGUGUUUACAGCCUUUGUGAUGGGCACCUGUCUGAUGGGGGGACUCUGGUUUAGCGGCGAUCAGAGAGCGUCUCACAGACAAUGCACUCAGAAGCCACAGUCUCCUGAAUCCAUCCUCACACUCCACCCAGUCCAGUACGUCUGUGUGACAGGUUCCUCCUCGGUCUGUGACUAA